AUGAAAAUAGGAAAUCGCACAGUCCUGACUGAAUUCAUCUUGGUAGGUUUAUCAGCAGACCCCAAGUUGCAGCUGAUUCUGUUUGGAAUAUUUCUGGUGAUCUAUUUGGCCACCUUAUCAGGGAACAUGACCCUGGUUAUCUUAAUCCGGAUUGAUUCCCGUCUUCACACACCCAUGUAUUUUUUCAUUGGCAGCCUCUCUUUCCUGGAUUUCUGGUACACUUCUGUGUAUACUCCCAAAAUCCUGGCUAAUUGUGUCUCAGAAGAUAAGCGUAUUUCUUUGGCAGGAUGUGGGGCGCAGCUGUUCUUUUCAUGUGUUGUAGCCUAUACAGAAUGCUACCUCUUAGCAGCCAUGUCUUAUGACCGUCAUGCAGCAAUAUGCAACCCCUUACUCUAUUCAGGUAUCAUGUCUAGUUCUGUCUGUACUGGGCUAGUUGCUGGCUCCUACAUCGGGGGCUUCUUGAAUGCCAUAGCCCAUACUGCCAAUACUUUCCGCCUAAGUUUCUGUGGUAAGAAUAUCAUCGACCACUUCUUCUGUGACGCCCCACCAUUGGUAAAGAUGUCCUGUACUGACACACGGGUCUAUGAGAAAGUCCUCCUAGGAGUGGUGGGCUUCACAGUUCUCUCCAGCAUUCUUGCCAUCUUGAUUUCCUAUUUCAACAUAUUCCUGGCUAUCCUGAGGAUCAAGUCGGCCUCAGGAAGGCGGAAGGCUUUCUCCACUUGUGCUUCUCAUAUCAUCUCAGUCAUGCUUUUCUAUGGAUCCUUGCUCUUCAUGUAUUCGAGGCCCAGCUCCACUUAUUCUCUGGAGAAAGACAAACUGGCCGCUCUCUUCUACACGGUGGUGAACCCACUGCUCAACCCUCUCAUCUACAGCGUGAGGAACAAAGACGUCAAAGAGGCUUUCAGGAAAGCCAUACGCACCAUCUGGCCACAACGAUGA